GCCGCUGCCUUUCCUUCCCCGACCCUCUUGCCUCUGGAGAGCCGUGUGCCCCGGAGCGCGGCUCCUGGACGUGCCUCAGGGACCGAGGUCUUGCAGAUGGCCCCGCUACCGGGGGCAGAGCUGGUCCAGAGGCCGCUGCAGCUCUACCGAUACCUGCUGCGCUGUUGCCGGCAGCUGCCAACCAAGGGCAUCCAGGAGCAUUAUAAGCAUGCUGUCAGGCAGAGUUUCCGAGUUCAUUCGGAUGAAGACAACCCUGAGAGGAUCCAGCAGAUUAUUAAAAGAGCCAUUGAAGAUGCUGACUGGAUCCUGAACAAGUAUAAAAAACAGAACUGAGACUCCAGGACGUAGUGAGUGCAGCUGCCUUGGAGACACUGAUAUUGAGAGCCGUCGCUUCGCCUGGCACUAAUCAGCGGCAGCAGUUUUGGAAUAUCCACUAGCCUCGUUGGCUGGGAGCAGGAAAUCAGGGGUAGGAGAAGCUGAUAUUUGCUCAGACGGAUCUUCUUACCAUGUUUGUGUCUCCAGUGUCUCCUUUAUGUUUGCUUUUCCAGCUGGUUAUGAUGUGAGAUUUGGGGAGAAUGUGUUUUCUCACUUUGCACUGAAAGUGAUUCAUUUACUCUGGGCAUCAUUCUUUGAGACCCAGGGCUGGUGUCCCCUCAUAUAGCUGCCUGUACAGAGGGCAGGGCAUAGGUUUAAGAACCACACAGAUCUGGAUUUGAAUCUCAGCUCAGCAGCUUUUCAAGGGUGUUGGCUUCAAGUCCAGUUUCCUCCUUCAUUAGGAUUAGAUAAGAUGAAAUCAAACAGCCUGACGUAGGACACGGUAUGGGGUGGGGCCAGUAAACAUCCCUCUGAGGAAGCCGUCCUCUGCUGCUCCCGCAGUGCUCACACAUCUCUCUAGCUCUCUCCACAUCAGGUCUUAGUUCCUUGUGGGCUGGUCCCGUCCCUGCCUGUCACCCCAGGCCCCCGCAGUUGCACUGUGCCCAGCGGUCUGCCCAGCAGCUGCUCUUCCUGACACCAGCCCAGAGAGGCAGAAACCCUGGUCCUUGCCACCUUGGGGUUUAUUGUGUCCCAGAGUGGCGAAACAAAGAACGCCAGAGCAGCUGCAGUAGAUGGCGGCACGUCAGGCUGUGUGAACCUGUGAUCUGUUUUGACCGGCCCUUGCCUACUUUACUCCAUCUUAGCAGGAAAGCGGGGAGGAGCAAGCCAGCAGUCAUGAGGUUAUCGUGAGCCUGAAAUCGGUGGAGAAUGCAGACCUGGGUCACAUCCCAACUCCACACAAGUUACUCUUGGGUCACUUACCUCCUCUCCUUCAGCUCCUGUUUCCCUGUCUGUCCAGCAGAGUAAUGACCGUACCUACCACUCGGGGCCACGGUGAGGAGUCAUGAGCCGUAAUGUACACCAAGUGCUUCACCCAGAACCCGGCCUGGGGAGCCAGGGAGAAGGGAGCUCAGAGAGGCUGAGCCCCUUUUCAAGGUCACAAAACUGCUAAGCCAGGUCUGUGAAUGUACCAAACACUAUAGAUUUAGGAGGGAAAGGAGAG